CGACGAAAUCCAAAACAAUGUUAAAUGUGCGACGCGCAUGUUUUGUAAACAAGAGCUGGCACGUUUUAGUUGAUUCUAUUUUUUCAAAAACUGCAAUUCAAUUCGCAACUUCAUAGUUUCUUUUUUAUUUCAUAUUUUUAUCAAACAAAAAAAGAUUUGUGUCGCCAAUGGUGAGAGUAAAAUAGUGAGGAGACGCUGUCGACGUUAGUGUUUUCAGUUCACAGAAACGUUACCACUAGAAAUUAAUUUAUAUGUAUGAAUAUAUAUUGCUUUUAAAAAUACUGUAGUGGGUUAUUCGAAAAGAAAAGGCUGCGCCACAACACACAGGGAAGUACAGGAACCGGAUGCGUCCCCGGUUGUGAGAACGACGACGCCAGGCCGCGACUCGGCUAUAGCUAACACACGCUAGCACAUUUAAUACACAGUAACGCCUUCAAGGGGCAGAAAUGUUCGGUUCGUCAAGAUCAGGAGGGGUUCGAGGAGGCCAAGACCAGUUCAACUGGGAUGAUGUCAAAGUGGAUAAACACCGAGAGAAUUAUCUUGGGAAUUCUUUAAUGGCACCAGUGGGACGCUGGCAAAAAGGAAAAGAUCUGACAUGGUACUCCAAAGACAAAAAAGGCAGCAGACCCGCCACCAAAGAAGAGGAGCUCGCUGCUGUCAAGGCUGCAGAACAUGAUGCAUUGAUGGCUGCCUUAGGACACAAGGUUACAAAGCGGCAACCGACUGGACUGACCAAAGAGGAUUUGGCCGAUAUUUGUAGGAGGGACGAAGAUGAAGGUGAAGAGAGGAAUGUGGAUCGUAUCUCAGGUUUGGGGAGCUCCAGUGCAGGGUCACGAAAAGUGGUCCUCUCCCAGACGGAAAAGCAGGCUGUUAAAAUGGGCUUGCCAGUCUUUACGCACCACAAGGCAAGCGUUCAACCAGCAACCUCAACAGCAACGCCAUCAGAGAGUGUAGACAAAGAAGAAGAGACAGAACAACGGCAGGAGAGUAAAAAGAAGAAGAAAGAAAAGAAGAGCAAAAAGGAAAAGAAGAACAAGGAGAAGAAGAAGAAAAAGAAGAGGCAGAGGAGCAACUCAUCUUCGGAUUCAGAUGAUGACAAAAAGAGGCCCCGAAAGGACCACCAUCAUCAUAAUCCAUCAUACCAUAGUCAGAGCGGAGCCAGACCACAUGACAGCCAUUCAAGGGGGGAACUAAAGGCACAGCGACAGCCCCCCUACCCCCGUCACCGACAGCAGCGCCAUGACACAGACUCCUCCGACGGGGGGUCCCCUGUCCCCCGUAACCCCUCCAGCCACAAGACGGACCCUGGCGGUGCCACACAAAGCCACAGGCGACGCCACGACACAGACUCGGACAGCUAAUGUCCCCCCCGCACUACACCCCCCUCCUCACUCAAAGACACAGCGCUCUUCAGAUGUAUGACCGGUCCUGUAGACCUCAUUUAGCUUUUCGAGGGGUCAUUUUUGUAGUUAGGUUUUAUUGCCACUUCAAUUUUUUAACUGAUUAAACCUCUAAAUCAUUAUUCAUU